AUGUCAGAAGACUCUCUACAAAUUGUGCCGGGAGCUACCUGGACGGCAACAAACACGGGUCUUCAUAUUCAAUCCCACGGUGCCGGACUCAUUGAGGUCGACGGUGUCUACUAUAUGAUCGGAGAGGACAAGACCCAAGGCACCUUUUUCCAGAAUAUCAAUGCGUAUUCUUCGACAAAUUUGGUGGAAUGGACGUGGGAAGGUGCAUUGCUCACUCGAGCCAGCGAUGGCGACCUGGGCCAAGAACGAAUCGUCGAGCGACCGAAGAUCAUAUAUAAUGCACAUACAGCCACAUACGUGAUGUAUAUGCACAUAGACAACGCUGACUAUUCAGAGGCGCGGGUUGGAGUGGCGAUUUGCAAGACUGUGGUAGGAAGUUAUGAGUACAAGGGCAGUUUCCGCCCGCUUGAUUGCGAGUCUCGAGAUAUUGGUCUCUUCAAAGACGACGAUGGCUCGGCUUAUCUUCUAGCAGAAGACAGAGUCAAUGGCCUCAGAAUUAUGGCUCUAUCGGAUGAUUAUUGCAAAGUCAUCUCUCACGUUUACUGCUGGAAAGAGUGUAUCGAAUCUCCAGCGAUUUGGAAGAGCGAUGAGCAUUACUACAUGUUUGGCUCUCAUUUGACUGGGUGGGAUUGUAAUGACAAUGUUUAUAGUUAUGCGCCCGCGUUAAGAGGGCCCUGGUCCCCAUGGAGGGAAUUCGCAGACCUUGGAUCCAAGACGUACGAGUCCCAGAUCAGCACCGUCUUGCCGUUCGGUGAUAUGGCAGUUUAUCUAGGUGAUCGAUGGUGCCCUUCAAACUUGGCACAGAGUACAUAUGUCUGGCUUCUCUUGAGUAAGAAGGGACAUGAAAUCUAUAUGAAAGACCAGACUUCCUGGACAUUGAAUCUCUCAUGUCAGAGAGAAAAUGAAACUUUACCAGAGGUUCACAACGAGAUCGAUAGCAAAGUAUUGCCUCAAUCUGGAUUCUCAUGUCAUUUGGCCAGCUCAUCCAAUGCACGCACAACAUUGCGGCUAAAAUACACCAAUGCAGAAAUCCAGAGCCAACAAGGCACAGUAACUGUCAAUGGCGUGAGUCAGAAAAUCGACUUUUUACCUACAGGAAGCCAAAAACAGGGUAUCUAUGAGGUUAGUGAGAGUGUAGUUCAUUGUGAACUCGGGGCUGGCCAUGAAAAUGUGGUUACAAUCACAGAAGUAGGCACCCACUUGAAAAUACUCGAGGUCAUAGUUCCAGGGAGCAGCUAG